AGAUGUCGGGGGGUAUUUUGCGUGACAAGCCGCUAGUAUGCUUUUGGACGAUAUGACUUGCUCUCUGCGGUGCACGUCUACAAAAUUCCGGCCUAUAUUAAAUCCUAAAGGGCUGUAAUAUUGUCGGAAUAAACAUUAUUAAUUUUGACUAUUCUUACAACAUUGAAAAAUAGAAAAACUAGGACUAUUUUUGGAAAAUACGUUACCACUAUUUAAAAUUGGGAUGGGAGCCAAAGCAAGUACGGUGGCACAAUCUGCUGGAGGCAAUGGACAAUCCUCUACUGGAGCAAAUGAAGCUGCGAUGCAAGGUUUUUCUAUGCUUCGCUCUCUUCCUGGAGGUGUUAGCAUGUUACAACAUCAACAUCAGCAAGGAAAUCAAUCACAAACCUCUAGAGUAUCUGGAGAUAGUAGACAGCGUGCUCGUUCCUUAAGUUCAGUGCCAGAUCUUUCUUCUGGCGAACAGAGCAGUCUUGCUUCUUCUGUAGGAGUUGGAGUUGGUCAGGCACUUGGUCUACCACAACUUGAUUCAGAUGAAGCAGAUGAGGAUAGUGGUCGGGUAUAUGCAGCGCACAGCUUGCCUUCUCAUAUUUGGUCUCUUAAUGGUCUAAAAUGUCCCGUUUGUUCCAAAUUUAUUCUACCAGAUGAUAUAGAAUGUCACCUGGUCAUGUGUUUGACCAAGCCACGUCUUAGUUAUAACGAAGACAUAUUAUCUGACGAAAAAGGUGAAUGUGUUAUUUGUCUUGAAGAAUUACAACCUGGUGAUGUUAUAGCCCGCUUACCUUGCCUUUGUAUAUAUCAUAAAAAUUGUAUCGAUAAAUGGUUUCAAGUGAAUCGUAGUUGCCCUGAACAUCCUGGGGAUUGAUUUAUACCCUUUGAACUUAGAAAAGCACAAUGUAACUUGUUAAUUCUGAAGACUCUCAUCUUAGUGGGAACGAAGUCGGAGGAAACGGAAAAAAAUUAAAAAGCUAGUCAAGAUGGCUGCUAGUCAUCAUGGUGGUUGGUGUAUGCGACUGACUGAAUGGGACAUACUCAAUUUGAACAUGAAAGCAAACAUUUAAUUAAAUCCUUGAUUAUAUUAUCUGUAAGCAGGGGACUUAAAAAAUCGCCAUAAGAUUCAACGACACACAGUGCUAAUAUGUAUGUGUAUCUAUAAUUAAUCUAUUACUGCUUUAUAGCUUACUAUCAAUUGUACCAUAUUUAUAAAUUUUACUUAGUUUUAUAUCUUGAAAUCGAAGUAGCAUUAAGCAAGAUCGUAUAUUUGUUAUUAUUACGUACUUUUUUUUUUUUUUGGAAAAGGGAAUAUAAAAUGAAUAUUAUAAUUCCAGAAUAAUGAUUAGAAAAAGUUUAUAUUAAAAGCGUUAAUUGUAAUUUUAUGGUUUCAUAAUAAUGUUUCAUUUUUGUUGUUUGUUGGGGAAUGUAUAUCAGAAAGGAUAUUUUUGAUACUUUCAUAAAAGGAAGAGUUGGUAUAUAUCAAAGUUUUAAGAAACAGACUUUUAUUAGAAAUGAUGUUGAUGUAGUAAUAACGGUAAAAAGUUUAGAUUUAAAUUUAUCUUUACUAAAAUUACAACUAUGUGAUAAAUUUCAUUUACGUUUUUAGAAGCUAGAAGGUCUCUAAGGAUGGAAUGUAAUUUACUAUCAAUUACAAGUUAGUUAUUUCAUAAUUAAUAUCUUUUUUAUAUGAUAAGUGUUAAUAUAACUCAUAGUAGUUUUUAUAACAGAAAUGAAUAUGGUCUGUCAAUUUUCCAGUAAUAUACUCAUUGUAUAUAUCUGGAUUAAACUUGUAUCAUACAAGAUAAAAAGUCUAAUAAAGUGAAUAUUCCAAACCAAA